GUGGGAGAGAGAGUGGGAGAGACUGGUACGACGCUGGUCUUUUUAAUCUCUCCUCUUUGCUGUCCGCUCUCUCCACGCGUUCUAUGACGGCAAUUACAUUCAGCACAAUUUACCGUCCAGCUACCAUGACACAUUUAUAUUACCUAUAGGCUAUAUGUCUGUCCUUAAGCAGGAAAGCUCUAUUUUUUACGUAGGACCUGAAGCGGAGUUUGACAGGUCUUUUUCUGGACCGCACUAUUACAUUGGGAUUUUCAGAGGAGCGCACACUGGAGUUUUAUUUUUCCCUAUGUGGUGGUGUAUAUUUUCACAGAUCCCUUGAAGUCUGGACUACGAGAUAUACUGUGGGAAUACCGCGAAGGAUAACCAACUGUGCUGGAAUUAGGUCGACAGGCCGCGGCAACUGGAGAAAAACACAGACAGUGAACCUGUCCGGCAGUGGGGUCAGAAUCAAGUUCCACCCAACCCACCAGCAAUCUACGAGUAGUCCCAAUCUAAUGGGAUGGGGGGCACUGAGUUGCACAAGGCUGCUCUGAUUGGCUGGGGCUCUGUCUGUCAGCUGUCAAUCACAGCCUGAGGAGCAGGUGAUUGGUCUGGAGCUACGGGGGGUGGGGAGUUACAGUACUUCCAGGACCACAUUCUGCUUGGCUGUCUGCAGCAGGAGCAUGUUUAAGGGAACCAGGCCUGGGGAAACCAGCAGCGCUCCAUUGAAGCCUGGAGGAGCCACUGUAGCCCAUGGAAUGGGGAUGGUCUACCUAUCCAAUGUGUACCUUCUUUUAUGGAUGGGCGUUCUGUUAGCGUCUUUGGGUCUGCCGUUCGCCGUGGUGGCUCAGACCACCCCCGCCCACCCCCUUGUCACCACGAAUUACGGGAAACUGCGGGGGUUGAAGACGACGCUGCCCAAUGAGAUCCUGGGGCCCGUGGAGCAGUACCUGGGGAUCCCGUACGCGCUGGCCCCGACAGGGGAGAGACGUUUCCAGCCCCCUGAGCCGCCCAUGUCCUGGCCCGGCAUCAGGAAUGCUACCCAGUUCGCCCCUGUGUGUCCUCAGUACCUGGAGGAGAAGUUACUCAACGACAUGCUGCCUGUUUGGUUCACCGCCAACUUGGAUACCGUGGUGACCUAUAUGCAGGAUCAGAACGAGGACUGCCUGUACCUGAACAUCUACGUGCCCACUGAGGAUGGAGCCAACUCAAACCGUCACGCCGGUGACUUCACCAAUAAUGAUGGUGACGAAGACAAAGACAUCCACGAUGAGAACGGGCUAAAGCCAGUCAUGGUGUAUAUUCAUGGCGGAUCCUACAUGGAGGGAACGGGCAACAUGGUCGACGGCAGCAUCCUGGCCAGCUAUGGAAAUGUCAUCGUGAUCACCAUAAACUACCGACUCGGAGUGUUGGGCUUCCUAAGCACAGGGGACCAGGCAGCCAAGGGCAACUAUGGACUCCUGGACCAGAUCCAAGCCCUGAGGUGGAUCAAAGAGAACAUCCAGGCCUUCAAAGGAGAUCCAAAGAGAGUGACAAUAUUUGGCUCUGGUGCAGGGGCAUCCUGUGUCAGCCUGCUCACGCUCUCCCACUACUCGGAAGAUCUCUUCCAGAAAGCCAUCAUCCAGAGUGGUACAGCUCUGUCCAGCUGGGCGGUCAACUACCAGCCAGCCAAGUACACACGGAUGCUGGCCGAGAAGGUGGGCUGCAACAUGCUGGACACUAUUGACCUGGUGGAGUGCCUCCAGAGCAAGAACUACAAGGAGCUCAUUGAACAGAACAUCUUACCUGCAAAGUACCACAUCGCUUUUGGCCCCGUCAUCGACGGCGACGUGAUCCCGGAUGACCCCCAAAUCCUCAUGGAGCAGGGUGAGUUCCUCAACUACGAUAUCAUGCUGGGGGUCAACCAAGGCGAGGGUUUUAAAUUUGUCGAUGGCAUGGUGGACAGCGAGGACGGUGUCUCCGCCAAUGACUUCGACUUCGCUGUCUCGGACUUCGUCGAUCACCUCUAUGGCUACCCCGAGGGCAAGGACACGCUGAGGGAGACUAUCAAGUUCAUGUACACUGACUGGGCCGACAAGGAGAACCCGGAGACGCGGCGAAAGACGCUGGUCGCACUCUUCACCGACCACCAGUGGGUGGCGCCGGCCGUCGCUACGGCAGAUCUCCACGCGCAGUAUGGGUCACCAACGUAUUUCUACGCCUUCUACCACCACUGCCAGAGUGACAUGAAGCCCAGCUGGGCUGACUCAGCGCAUGGGGACGAGGUGCCUUACGUGUUCGGGAUCCCCAUGAUUGGACCCACGGACCUGUUCAACUGCAACUUCUCCAAGAACGACGUGAUGCUAAGUGCUGUGGUGAUGACGUACUGGACCAACUUCGCCAAGACGGGAGAUCCAAACCAGCCCGUUCCUCAGGACACCAAGUUCAUCCAUACCAAACCCAAUCGCUUUGAAGAGGUCGCCUGGUCAAAGUACAACCCCAAGGAUCAGCUCUACUUGCACAUCGGCCUGAAGCCCAGGGUCAGGGACCACUACCGCGCCACCAAGGUGGCCUUCUGGCUGGAGUUGGUGCCACACCUCCACAACAUAAACGAGUUGUUCCAAUACGUUUCCACGACGACCAAGAUACCGCCGCAGGACACCACCCCGUUCCCUUACACCAAGCGUUUCCCGGGGAACCGUCCGUCCACCACUCGCCACCCCGGCGUUCCGCCCGCCAACACCAAGCAGACCACCGACCAACGGAAAGGCGGCGACCUCGCGGACGAAUCGGCCGUGGUCAUCGAGACCAAGCGGGACUACUCCACGGAGCUGAGUGUCACCAUCGCCGUGGGGGCCUCGCUGCUCUUCCUGAACAUCCUUGCGUUCGCGGCGCUCUACUACAAGAAGGACAAGCGGCGGCACGAGUCGAACCGGCGCGGGCCGAGCCCGCAGCGUAACUCCGCCGGGCCGGCGAACGCGGCGGCGAACGCCAACGACAUUGCCCACCUGCAGAGCGAGGAGCUCAUGUCCCUGCAGAUGAAGCAGCAGCUGGAGCAUGAUCACCACCAUGAGUGCGAGUCCCUCCAGGCCCACGACACGCUGCGCCUCACCUGCCCGCCCGACUACACACUGACGCUGCGCCGGUCGCCGGACGACAUCCCCCUGAUGACCCCGAGCACCAUUACCGUGAUCCCCACCUCUCUGGCAGCCCUGCAGCCUCUGCACAACUUCAACACGUUUGGCGGCAGUCAGAACAGUACCAACCUGCCCCAUGGGCACUCCACAACCAGGGUAUAGCUCUACGGGGCCAAGACCUAGCCGGGAGUCCCUGUGGCCCGGUCCACAGUGUGCGUGACAAACACAAAGAAUAUAAGGUGUGACAGACUCGUCUCGGCGGAUGAGACGUUAUUUUGCUACGAUGCCUUCUUGAAGAGUAUAUCCAAGUCAAAUAUGAACUUCUAAUGACUGUGUUAAAAAAGUGAAUGUUACUAUAGUAAUACUGCAUUCGGGGCGAAGCUUCUCGAAUGGAUCGGAGAGAGCUUUACCAAAAGAGAGGGACCCGGAGAGGAGUGGAGUCGUUGGCUUUAGUAUGCUUGAAUAGGCAAUACAAAACACAAAGGGUAACAAUGACGAUGAGGGUUCCUCAGAAGAUGUUUGUGCCAUAAAAAGUGAACCAUAAGACAACUCACAGUUGUACAGUGAAAUACCACUCCACUGCAUUGGUUAAGAUUGAAGAUCCACACAUUUUACAGGCUAGUUAUGGGCACUGAAUUUAAAACUCCCCCCCAGCCUGAAAUGUAUUUAUGAAUACUUUGUUAAAAAAAUUAUAAAAACAGUAUAUAGUUGUGAGUAAAAAAUAAACAAAAAAGAUAACUUUAAAGAGCUUAUAUUGUUGUUUUCAGUUGAACUAUGGCUUUUACAAGCUUGUGCUUUCUGUUGAGGUUGCGUGUAAAUAAAAAGAAUCAGUCAUUCUCCUUUUUUCAUUUAAAAUCUGUUUCAUUGUUUUUCAAAGCAGCAAAUAAAAAAGUGCAAACACUCCAUUUUGGGUCCAUACUGAGCAUCGUCUUGACAACCAUUAUCAAGUCCUGUGUAUUCCUUUGUUUCGUUUGCUGACACAUUGCAGGGCUGAAAACUGCUUGGUAAUCCACAUUUUCAGACAGCAUUCUAAUCCUGUCUCAAAAUGGGGUUUGAUGGCUCGGGCCCCAUUUUUUCACCUGAUUUCAUCCUUUUCUGUUUUUAAUUGUUUUAUUUGUAGGCUUUUUGUAUGUUUAGCAGCAAUCUCACUACUGCCUGAGCUUCAAAUGUGACCAGCAAUGUAUUAUUUAGAAAAAAAAGGCAGUGGAUUUUGGUAUCAAUAUUAGUUGGAUAUGUUUGUAAAGCAGUAUAUGUUAGAUAUUUCAAAUUGUCAUAUGCUAGCAAUAUGUAACGUAUUGUGCCAGGCUUGUGAUAUUUUGGGUUACUACAACACAAGUGAAUGAGUGUAAAUACUAAUAAAGAUAAAUGAUAUGGAUAUUAUUAAUAAUAAAAAUUAUAAGUAAGUACAAUAAAAAGUAUACAAUAACCCAAAUUAUUUCAGUUCUGCAUCCUAUUACAGAAAAAACGCAAGUAAAUGAAAAAAGGUUUAUAACAAUGCUACAUUUGUAAAUUCAACUAAAGAUAUAUCCUUGUCAAUGGUUCCUCAACUGUCAAGAUACCAAGGGUUUUGAUGUAGGAUUUGAAAUUAUUUAGUUUGUCUAAUAUUGUUUACGGUUUUGCCUUAAGUUGAUAGAUGAUAUUUCUGGCUGGACACCUGUAUAAAAAUUUUCUGCAGCAUUUUUAAUAAAA